AGUAAAAAUGUCAAACUUCUAGGGUCCUGUCCUGAAGGAUGGAGAAGGUUUGGCUGCAGCUGUUACUAUCUCUCUACUGAGUUGAAAUCCUGGACUGAGAGUAGACAGGACUGUCUGGAGAGAGGAGCAGACCUGGUGAUCAUUAACAGUGAAGAGGAACAGGUGAGCUACAGAGACAGAGAGAACUACUGUAUUUAUCAUGUAUUAUUGACAAUGCUUUUUCUGUGCCACCACAACAGGCAUUCAUCAAUGGGUUUGAAGCAGUCACUUUUGCCUGGAUUGGUCUGACUGACUCUGUUACUGAGGGGACCUGGAAAUGGGUGGACGGCACCCCACUGACCACACCAAGGUAAGAGACUAUAGCUUAGUGGGCGGCAGGUAGCUUAGUGGGUAAGAGCGUUGUGCCAGUAACCGAAAGGUUGCUGGUUCUAAUCCCCGAGCUGACUAGGUGAAAAAUCUGUCGAUGUGCCCUUGAGCAAGGCACUUAACCCAAUUGCUCCUGUAAGUCGCUCUGGAUAAGAGAGUCUGCUAAAUGACAAAAAUAAAAAAAACUAAAAUAAAUAAAAUAAAAAUAGACUACUGCUCUAAUAACACUGACCACCCCAAGGUAAGAGACUAAUGCUCUAAUAACACUGACCACCCCAAGGUAAGAGACUACUGCUGUAAUAACACUGACCACCCCAAGGUAAGAGACUACUGCACUAAUAACACUGACCACCCCAAGGUAAUAGACUACUGCUGUAAUAACACUGACCACCCCAAGGUAAGAGACUACUGCUGUAAUAACACUGACCACCCCAAGGUAAGAGACUACUGCUCUAAUAACACUGACCACCCCAAUGUAAUAUACUACUGCUGUAAUAACACUGACCACCCCAAGGUAAGAGACUACUGCUGUAAUAACACUGACCACCCCAAGGUAAGAGACUACUGCUCUAAUAAUACUGACCACCCCAAGGUAAUAGACUACUGCUCUAAUAACACUGACCACCCCAAGGUAAGAGACUACUGCUGUAAUAACACUGACCACCCCAAGGUAAGAGACUACUGCUCUAAUAACACUGACCACCCCAAGGUAAGAGACUACUGCUCUAAUAACACUGACCACCCCAAGGUAAGAGACUACUGCUCUAAUAACACUGACCACCCCAAGGUAAGAGACUACUGCUCUAAUAACACUGACCACCCCAAGGUAAGAGACUACUGCUCUAAUAACACUGACCACCCCAAGGUAAGAGACUACUGCUGUAAUAACACUGACCACCCCCAAGGUAAGAGACUACUGCUCUAAUAACACUGACCACCCCCAAGGUAAGAGACUACUGCUCUAAUAACACUGACCACCCCAAGGUAAGACACUACUGCUCUAAUAACACUGACCACCCCAAGGUAAGAGACUACUGCUCUAAUAACACUGACCACCCCAAGGUAAUAGACUACUGCUGUAAUAACACUGACCACAGUGUAAGGAGUAGGACUGACUCUCUGUGUUGUUCAUACUCUAGGUUCAGAGAGAGUGGCCAGUCUAACUCUGUUGUUUCUACUGCAGGUAUUGGUGGCAUGGAGAGCCUGAUGGUGGUGGAGUGGAGAACUGUGGGGAAAUCUAUUACAUGUCACCAGGCCAAAGAGUAUGGAGGGAUUAUGGAUGUUCAUUUUCACAACAAUGGAUCUGUGAGAAAUAGGCUUCUCAUA